AUGAUGUUGAACUCAUUCAUUUGGAACAUUAGGUCAGUGAAGACACAAAAAGCCUUUCAUAGGGUUCAAAUGUUAAACAGACAUCACAAAUUCUUUGUGAUUGCUCUCAUGGAGCCUUUUCAACAGGUCAGGACAAUAAACCAGUAUAUAAGAAGAUUGGGCAUGUGUUUAGCCAAUGCUAACUGUAAUGGUAAAAUCUGGUAUUUUGUGGCUGGUAAUAUAGUUGUAGAAGUUCUGAUGGACUCCCCUCAACAAAUUACUUUGAAGCUGUUUUUACAAGAUCUGAAUCAGUAUCUUAUUAGUACUUUAGUAUAUGUUAAAUGUAGUGCUUCUGAAAGAAUAGAGUUAUGGGAGGAUAUCUAUCAUCUCUCCAAUAUCUUAUCUUGUUCCUGGUUAGUAGGAGGAGAUUUCAAUGUGGUUUUGAAUGAUGAAGAGAAGAUAUGGGGCAAUCCUUUUCAACCUCUGGAUAUAGAAGACUUUGCUUUUUGCAUAAACUCCUGUGAGCUUGAAGAGGUAAAUUUUAAGGGUAGUCCCUUCACCUGGUGGAAUGGUAGAGCAGAUGCAACAUGUAUUUUUGAGAGAUUAGAUAGGAUGUUGGUGAAUUCAUUGCUUCUGGACAACUUUGGACACAUAGAAGUGGAACAUCUAGCAAGAACUGGUUUAGAUCAUGCUCCACUUAUGUGUACCUAUGGGGAUAAGCAUCAAAAGCUGGUCAAACCUUUUAAAUUUCUAUCUUUCUGGAUAGAACACGCAUCUUUCCUAGAUACAGUCAGGCACAACUGGUUCAGAUCAUGCUCCACUUAUGUGUACCUAUGGGGAUAA